AUGGCUAAGUCAUCAACCAAAGCAGCCAAGCCUGUAAAGAAGCAAUCAAAGUCUGUGAAGGCUAAGGCUCCAGAGUCCUCCUCUGAGUCUGAAUCUUCUUCCGACUCCAGCUCCAGCUCCUCAUCGGAAUCCAGUUCUGAGUCUUCGAGUUCCGACUCCAGCUCUGACUCCGAAUCUGAUGCUGAAGAAUCUUCCGACUCCGAGUCUGAAGAAGAAAAGAAGGAGGUGAAGUCUGAUAAGAAGAGCGAUACUUCAUCGAAGGACUCCGAUUCCGACUCGAGCUCGAGUUCUGAGUCUGGUUCCGACUCUGACUCUUCAGACUCCGAGUCCGAAGAGGAGAAGGAGGUCAAGAAACUGCCAAAGAAGGAAACCAAGGCUGAAAAGAAGGAGGAAAAGAAGGCUGAAAGUUCUGAUUCUUCUGACUCUAGUUCUGAUUCCGAUUCUGAUUCUAGCUCUUCCAGCUCUUCCAGCUCAUCCAGCUCCGACUCUGACUCCGACUCUGAUUCUGAUUCCGACUCUGAGUCUGCGAAGGAAGAGACCAAGAAGCCCGCUGAGAAGAAGCGUAAAGCCGAGCCUGCUGCCGAAGAGGAGGCUGCCGAAGAGCCAGUUGCUAAGAAGCUGAAAAACGAAGAGCCAGCAACUUUGUUCGUGGGCAGAUUGUCGUGGAACAUCGACGACGAGUGGUUGAGAAGAGAAUUCGAACCUAUUGGUGGAGUUAUUAGUGCUCGUGUGAUCAUGGAGAGAGCCACUGGUAAGUCUCGUGGUUACGGAUUACGUUGA